CCUCCUCCUCUCCUCUCCCCUCCUCCGCCAUGUCCCUCAGCGGCUGUCCCAGGACCCUCUGCUCCGGCUCCCUCGGGGGCCCCCAGUGCACCGCGGGCCCCUCCUGCAGCUCCCACCCCAGCAACCUGGUCUACAGCUCGGCCCCCUGCGCCCCCAGCCUCUGCCCUCGGGGCCCCUCUCCCCCCAGGGGCCGCCAGGGGACCUGCCGGGAGCCCCCCAGCUGCCCGACGCCCCGCCGUGGCCCCAGGACCCCCUCGCCCUGCCGUGGCCCCAGGACCCCCUCGCCCUGCCGUGGCCCCAGGACCCCCUCGCCCUGCUGUGGCCCCAGGACCCCCUCGCCCUGCUGUGGACCGAGGAUCCCGAGGACCCCGAUGUCCUGCUGUGAUCCGAAGACCCCCGUGCUCUGCGGUCCCAGCAGGACCUGCCCUGGGGCUCUGGGCUGUGGGUCCCCGGGCGCCAGGCCCCUGGGUGGCGGGGCCUGUGGCUCCGUCCUCUGA